AUGCAGCUUCUUUCACUUCUCGCCGUUGGUGGCCUCACAGCCAGCGUUUCUGCCCGAAGCGCUCGCUCUGUUGGCAAGAAGACGGAACUUCCUCGUCCUCGUUUGACUGUUCCAGAAUCGAGCCUUCAUCCUCACAAGCGCCAGAGUACUCAGAUCAUCACCACUGAGGCAUCCAAGUCAUUCGCUGUCAACGGAACCGCCGGAGCAAUUCCCGACGUCAACUUCGACAUUGGCGAGUCUUACGCUGGUCUUUUGCCAAUCAGCAAAGCUGCCAACGAGACCUCUGAGCUGUACUUCUGGUUUUUCCCAUCCGAGAACCCAGAUGCAGAUGAUGAGAUUACCAUUUGGCUGAACGGUGGCCCAGGUUGCUCGUCUCUUGAGGGAUUCCUUCAAGAGAACGGACCGAUCUCGUGGCAAUAUGGUAGCGGCCCAGCACCUGUCUACAACCCCUGGAACUGGGCAAACCUCACUAACAUGGUUUGGGUUGAACAACCAGUUGGAACUGGAUUCACUCAAGGCAAUGCUACUGCUACCUCUCAGGAGGAGACUGCUGAGGAGUUCCUUGGGUUCUUCAAGAACUUUGUUGACACAUUCGGUCUGCAGAACCGCAAGGUGUACAUCACUGGCGAGUCUUACGCUGGACGCUACGUCCCCUACAUCGCGGACGCCAUGUUGAACAAGAACGACUCAACCUACUAUGACGUUAAGGGUAUCAUGUUCUACGACCCCAGUGUAGCCGAGGAUGUUCUGCUUGAGGACAUUCCUGCUGUUGCCUUUGUCGACCAAUGGGCUGGUCUCUUCAACUUCAACCAGACCUUCAUGGACGAUAUCCACAACCGCUCCGAGGCCUGUGGCUACACCGCGUACAUGGAGAAGUACCUGACUUUCCCUCCUCCCAGUAAGCUGCCCUACCCCGAGAAGGACGCCAACACCGAAGGUUGCGGACUGUGGGAAGACAUCUUUAACGCCGUCUUCUACACCAACCCUUGCUUUGACGUAUACGCCAUUGCCACCACCUGCCCUCUUCUCUGGGACCCUCUCGGCUUCCCCGGCUCCUUCGACUACCUCCCUCCCAACACCGAAAUCUACUUCAAUCGCAGCGAAGUCCAAGCCGCCAUCAACGCGCCCAUUCAGCCCUGGGCUGAAUGCUCCAACGGCGUCCUCGACACCGAUUCUUCUCCUCAGUCUUCCUGGGAGGUCAUCCCUCGCGUCAUUGACGCCCUGGACCGCACCAUCAUCGCACACGGCGAGCUCGACUACAUCCUCCUCUACAACGGUACCCUCAUGGCCAUUCAAAACAUGACUUGGGGUGGCAUGCAAGGUUUCCAGAACCCACCUGUCAACGACUUCUACGUCCCUUACCACGACGACCUGAGCUUGACUAGCUUGAGCGCGAAAGGCCUCAUGGGAAAGACUAUCACCGAGAGGAAGUUGACAUUCGUUCAGCAAGCUAUGAGUGGACACAUGGUGCCACAGUACCAGCCCAGCAGCGCGUACCGUCAGCUUGAGUUCUUGUUGGGACGCAUUGAGAGCUUGACGUCCAGGGAGCCAUUCACCACGCUGCCCAAGACACCCCAGAGCAACGAGACGAGCAUCGAGAAGAGGUCUCUGGGUGUUAUGCCCGGACAGUUGAAGAAGUGGUUUUAG